CUUCCUGCCUCUACUCCACCUGCAUAGUGACCUGUGUCCCUGAGACAGUGACCCUUUAUUUCCGCGCGUUCAGUUGAACGUGAUGAGUCCCUUCUCUCUCGCCGUCCAGCGGUCGCGGCGUGCUGACGUUGACGUGCGUCAUCUGCAGGGCAGCGGAAAAUGGCGGAGGCUUUGCCAGAGGCCGGGCGGUACUUCUGUCAUAACUGUUCAGUCGAGAUCAGACCCCGUUUCCCGGAGUAUACAUGCCCCAGAUGUGAAUCCGGGUUCAUUGAGGAGCUCCCAGAAAUAAGGAACACAGAAAACAGUAGCAGUACUUCUGGAACAGAUCAGAACAGACAUCCAUUUGAGAACCUUGAACCCACCCAAUUCACAUUGUCUCCUGGCUAUGGCCAAGUUACUUUUGGCAUCUUUAACGAAGGACUGGAGUUCCCAAUCUUUGGAGCAAGCGGACCAGGCGAAGAGAGCCGGGAAGGGGAAAAUAGGAGAGACCAACAGUCACGGCAGAGAUACAGCGCAAGGCAGCCACGUGCCAGACUGAGCACAAGACGGUCUACGGGAAGAAAUGAGGGCGUUCCUACAUUAGAAGGGAUCAUACAACAGCUAGUAAAUGGGAUAAUCGCACCUACUGCAAUGCCAAAUUUAGGACUGGGACCAUGGGGAGUCCUCCAUUCCAGUCCAAUGGAUUAUGCUUGGGGAGCCAAUGGUCUGGACACUAUAAUCACACAGCUACUUAACCAAUUUGAAAACACUGGUCCGCCUCCAGCUGAUAAUGAAAAGAUCCAAGCUCUACCUACAGUCCAAAUAACGGAGGAACAUGUAGGUUCUGGCUUGGAAUGUCCAGUGUGCAAAGAGGAUUAUACAGUUGGUGAAAAUGUGCGACAACUUCCAUGCAAUCACUUAUUUCACAAUGACUGUAUCAUCCCCUGGUUAGAGCAGCAUGAUACGUGUCCUGUGUGUAGGAAAAGUCUCAGUGGGCAGAACACAGCUACCAAUCCCCCAGGACUAACGGACAUGAAUUUCUCUGCCUCGUCUGCUUCUUCCUCAUCCUCCACAUCCCCCACUGAUGAAAAUAACUCUGCCAAUAAUUCCUGAGUACCAGAGACCGGGUGGGUGGGGAGCAGUUGCCGGGCACCCGCUCCUUGUCGCUCAUUCGUCUGCUGCUUUCUUAACACUGCAUUCAGAGCCGAAGGGAACCCCUCACACACGGGUUUCCUAAAAAGGACACUUUAAGGCUCCUGGGGGUUGAGUCUGGGUGUCUCUUCCUCCUUCCCAAGUGGAGCAGCUGGGAACCAAACUUUCAUCAAUUUUUUUGUUUUUAUUUUUUUCCUUCCCUAAAGUGUGACAUCUAGCUCCAAAAGACAGAGUGGGUGUGAAUAUUUUUUUUUAUUAUUUAUAUGUGUAUAUUUCUUUUUUUUUCUUUUUUUUUUUAAAGGUUUGGCUUUCCUCUUUUAAAAUACAGAGGUGCGGUAACUCCUUUUUAUCAUUUUUAUUUUUAAAAUGCUUUAACGUUUUUAAUCUUUAAAUUAAACAUGUAUCAUUGAUACUGCUCCUGGUGUGAGCAGUUACUGCA